AAAGGCUUACAAAAAAAAUCCGACGUGAGGUUUUAUUUACGGAAAUGGAAAAAUUUCAUUAUUUUAUAGUGGUUUUAUUGAUUUUUAGUACUUUUGCCAAAAAAUACAAGGAUGAAGAAAAACCGGCGUGGGCCAAAAAGGAUAUACGAGACUAUACUGAAGCAGAUUUAGAACGGCUUUAUGAUCAAUGGGAAGAAGAUGAAGAACCGCUUCCAGAUGACGAAUUGCCAGAAUAUCUGCGGAAACCUCCUUCUUUGGACCUUACUAAACUUGAUAUGUCCAACCCUGAGGAAGUUAUGCAGGCGACCAAGAAAGGACAAACCGUCAUGAUGUUUGUUACCGUAGCGAAUAAACCUUCACGUGCUAGAACAGAGGAGCUGACCAAAAUUUGGCAAGCUAGUCUUUGGAGCAAUCACAUUCAGGCUGAAAGGUACCUCAUUGAUGAUGAUAGAGCUAUUUUCAUGUUCAAAGAUGGUUCGCAAGCAUGGACUGCUAAAGAAUUUCUUUUAGAACAGGAUGAAUUGAAGGAUGUCCAGUUGGAAAGCCAAACAUAUCCAGGGAAGAAAUCAGAUGUUAGAAAUACUGCUGUUCGUGAUGAACUUUAGACCUGAAAAACAUUAACAUUAGGAGUCAUUCCAAUAAAUAAGUCUGAACAGUUUUCUCAACAAACACUGCAAUAGUAUGUCAAUAUUUUUUUUUCGUUACCUUUUUGUAUAACUAUAGAAAUUAAGCAUAAUUUAUUUCUAAAAAUUAAACAUGUU